AUGGACCCCAAGACUCAGACUGUGGCUUUCUUCGGUGCCAGCACUGGCGUUGGCCUUGCAGCCCUCAAACACUCCUUGGAAGCAGGGCUUCAAUGUAUCGCGCUUUGUCGAACCCCUGCAAAGCUCACGGCCAUCUUCCCAGAAGGUUCUACACCGAACCUGAAGAUUGUGAAAGGAGACGCCCAUGAUAUUACCCCUGUGUCUGAGUGCCUCCGAACGAAAGAUGGAAAGCUCGUCGACAUGAUCAUUUCGACUAUCGGCAGCAAGCCGGUCUUGUCCAAACUGUCAGUUGAGGAUCCAGAGUGCUGCAGAAAGGGGGCAGCUAUCAUGAUAGAAGCCAUAUCCCAGCUUCGAGCCUCAGGCGUGACCGGGAACCCUCAUAUUGUCUCCUUUAGCACCACCGGAUUGUCCCGAUUUGGCCGCGAUGUUCCUUAUCUCAUGAUCCCACUUUACCAUGUGGCCCUGAAGGUUCCACACGAGGACAAGCGGAUCAUGGAGGAUCGCUUCGUUGAGAGUGGCGUUACUUUCACGAUCGUUCGUGGAAGCCUGCUCACCAAUGGAGAGACCACUAACACCGUUCGAGUUGGCAUUGAGGACCCCAAGACAGGACGGGAGUCAAGUGCCAUCGGGUAUACUAUCUCCAGAGAGGACUCCGGAAAGUGGAUUACAGAGAACCUCAUUUUGCAGAAGAAUGAGAAGUAUACAAACAAGAUUUUGAUGAUUACUACUUGA